AUGAACUGGUGGCUCAAAAUAAUCGCCAUUUUUGUGGCCGUCUACGCUGUUCUCGAAGCAUCCUAUCAGACAUGGCUCCCCUCCCACUAUGUGUUUGACAAGCAGGUUUUGCAAGAACUCGUGCAACAGACCUUGAAGGAGAAUCCUGGCGCUGAUGCCAAAACGCUCAUGGUGGAAUUGACGCCUAAACUUCAGAACGCGUACCCGGGACUCAUCAACGACUUGAACUUUGACGACUGGGUGUUCAACAACGCCGGUGGUGCUAUGGGCAACAUGAUCAUCUUGCACGCCUCGAUCUCUGAGUACUUGAUUUUUUUCGGCACUUCUGUGGGUACUGAGGGCCACACUGGCGUCCACUAUGCUGACGAUUACUUCACCAUCUUAUACGGCAAGGAAUUGGCUGGUUUGCCUAACUCGAUUGAACCCGAGGUCUACAGUGCCGGCGAUCAGCACCACUUGGAGAGAGGCCAAGUGAAGCAGUACGCUAUGCCUGAAGGCUCAUAUGCUUUGGAGCUUGCCCAGGGUUGGAUCCCUGCAAUGUUGCCAUUCGGCUUUGUGUCUGUGCUCACGUCGACGCUCGAUUUCCACUCCUUUGGCAGAACUGUCUGGUUUACCGCUUACGACAUGGGAAAGAACUUGUUGAAGGGAAAAUUUUAG